UCAAGAAAAAAAUUAACAGUUAAUUUUAUUACAGUUUUAUGUAACAAUAUAAAAAGAUAUUUAUAAAAUGCACAGUGACCAUGAAGAAAAUUACAAAUUUGCUGCAUGCACGUUUUUCGCUAAGAGUCACCCUGGUGAAACUUGUGGAAGUAAUGGACUGCCCCUUACUCCCAGUUCUAUAUCAAUCUUAGGACGUGCACAAAGACUGCUGUCCAUAGAACACCCAAAUUUGUGCACUUACUUGGACAUAAUACGUGGAAAACAUGAGAGAAUAAUAGUUGUGGCUGAAGUUAUAGGAAAGUCAUUAGCUGAUCUCAAAAAAAAGUUAUCCACAGAGGAAAUAAUAAAUAUAGCCAGACAAGUUGCCAAUGGACUGCAAUAUUUGCAUGCAAAUAAUAUUACCCACAGAACACUCUCCGAUGACAAUAUUUUGAUAGAUUUGAAUGGAAAAGUAAAACUAUUCAAUUAUGGUAUAUUUUACAUGACAUAUGGAGGUAGUGAAGUUGCAUUUCCACUUGGUCAACCAAGAUACCUAAGUCCAGAAACAAUAUUGAACAGUGGUGGUCCUACAGCAGACAUUUGGACAUUUGGUGUCAUUCUGUUAGAGUUGUGUAUCGGAAAGCUUUGGGCUAAAUUAAAACCAGGUCCAAUAUUGAGAAGAAUACUUGGCUUGGUGCAUGUUAAUGACCCUGCUAAAAGAAUUGCAAGAGAGCAUAACAGCAUUGAGGAAUAUGAACAAUUACCUAAAUACCUGCAAACCUUAAUAGAAAAAUGCCUCCAAAUUUGCCCUAGUAAAAGAGCGACAAUCACCGAAAUACUCCAGGACUUGUCUAAUGUUGAUACCAAGGAAAUGUGUGCUGUGAAACCGCCGCGAGGAUUGAUGGGCUGUAAACUACAGUAUCUCUAUCAUUGGUGGCAACUGGCUGGUGGUGAUAUACAAGUUGAAUUGAAGAGAAAUGGUUUGAUCAAAAACAGUCCACCCAUACUGUCUAUACCUGUCGCUAUCCUCCUCGACGGUUGUACUAUAGGCGGCAAAACCGGAGUCCUAUACGAUCGCCGCAUCGCGAAAUACAGCAUCGAGCUGCUGCAGUCCAGACUCAGUCAUGUAUCAGCCCACGACUACUAUCCGCUCAUGCACGAACGGAAGAAACAAAACGACGCCGUCACGUUGCCGAAAACGAUCCGAGAGAGGGAUACGGAAUACCAAUUCUAUAGAUUGCUCUGGUUCCAGAGACUGUUGCAUGGCUAUCCAUAUACAGCUCCAUAUAUACGAGCAGAAGCAGAAAUCGAUAUCCCACCGUUAGUGCGCGGCGAUGUGUGGGCAGCCCUACUCGGCGUUGUCGGAGAUAUAGAAGAACAGUACGAGAGGAUUGAUAAAGAGACACCCACGCCUACUGACAGACAGAUAGAUGUGGACAUACCGCGUUGUCAUCAGUACUGUUGGUUGCUAUGCGGCUCGGCUGGCCACAGAACGCUCAAGAGGCUCCUCAAGGCGUGGCUACUGACCAACCCUCAAUACGUGUAUUGGCAAGGACUCGAUUCUCUGACGGCACCAUUCAUGUACCUUAACUUCUGUAAUGAAGCUCGAGCAUUUGCGUGCCUCAGUGCGUUCGUGCCGAAGUUCUUGCACAAGUUCUUUUUGAAGGACAACAGCGCCGUCAUAAAGGAGUACCUUGCGAAGUUCUGGCAGAUGGCGGCCUUCCACGAGCCCCGACUCGCGACCCACCUCCACGACAUCAACUUCGUGCCGGAACUCUUCGCCAUACCUUGGUUCCUCACUAUGUUCUCGCAUGUUUUUCCGCUACACAAAAUAGUUCAUCUAUGGGACGCCUUUCUGGUCGAGGGUCCCUCGUUGCCUUUAUUUAUGGGUGUGGGAAUAUUGAGGCAAUUGCGUGACACUUUACUAGAAUCCGGAUUCAACGAAUGUAUAUUGUUGUUCUCCGAUUUACCCGAAAUCGAUAUAGGAGAAUGUGUCAAGGAGGCUAUAAAUAUGUGUCGUAGCUCGCCAAGAAGCAUCAGUUACAGAAGAUUCACGAAUGACACUGUUAAAAAAGACGCUAUGGAUCAAGUAGAAAUUCCAAUGGAAGUACUGUUCGUCGAGAUCUGUCCCAGGAUAAGUCUGUCAGAUUUUUUCUCGUUGAUCUGCGAAGACAAAUGCUGCGUCGUCGAUAUAAGGUCCAAUCUCCUUUACGAGAAGAGCUGCAUAGACGGCAGUGUAAACGUGCCGUACAGUGGCGUCCAUCUCGGUCGGCACGAGCUCCGCGCUCUCGGUCCUCAGCCCGAGCGCGCCUUGCAGCAAGCCAUCAAGAUGAAGAGGAACGUCGUUAUUGCCUCGGCCGAAGACGAGACCGCGCAAUUGUUCAGUGAUUAUUUAGUGAAAUGCGGCGUUCCUAGGGUCUGCAUUCUGCACGGAGGCAUCGCCGCUCUGCAAACUCAUAUACCUUCGCUCUUCAUAACACCACCCACCGGGAAUACAGGAAAAUGAAUUUAAUCAACACGAAAUUCAAACAGCCAGCUCUCCUGAAAAUAAACAAGGCAAGACACGGGUAGGUACCACCGCCCUGCCUAUAUCUGCCGUGAAGCAGUAAUUCGUUUCGGCUUGCAGGGUGGGGCAG